AUGAAGCAUGUAGCCUUCAUUGUACUGAUGGUCUUGUUUGGUUGUCGAGUUCAAACACUUCCUACAGGACAAGUAAGGAUCUCGUUUCAAUGGUCUCGUCUGCUUGCUUCAUGCAUCACUUGUCUUUCUGUUUUAUUUCUUAUUCAAAGUUGGUCUAUCCAUACCAUCACACUUGAUGAUGAUGCAUCCAUCUUUGCACCAUUCAUCCAUCAAAAGACAAACAAGAAAUGGAAACACUAUAUCACGAAUCAACCUUCUCUUUCUACUCAUCAUCCCAAGUUUUAUUAUCCACGCUAUUGUCCUCAUACAACACAAUCAUCCUGUGCUAAACCAGUGCCUUCUUUUAUUCUUGCAGGCAGCGAAUAUGCGGGUACUUCAUUCAUGUUUAAUAUACUGAAACAACAUCCUCAAGUGGUGAGUGCUAUUGAAUCUCACAAGACGCUGUUUGAUAUGAAGACAGAAGAUUAUGAUGAAGUCAAUGCGUUUGAGCAUUAUAUGUCACAAUUCCCCUUUUUGCCUAACACAAGUAGGGAAGAUUGGAUUGUAGGGGAGAAUGCACCUCAUUAUCUGUAUGCCAGCCAUCUUACGGCUAAGCGUAUCAAGGAUAUUCUGCCUCAUAUCAAAUUGAUCUUUUUGUUAAGGGAUCCUAUAACAAGGGCUUAUGCUCAUUAUCUGAAUGAACCUUCAGAACUCUCAUUCAAGACAUUAGUCGAUAUCGAAUUGCCUAUUUUACGUCGUUGUGGUCAUACAAGCACACAAACAGGCUGGGAAGGAUUUGUUCGAUGUCAUCAAGGAAGUGAAGUACGUGCUUCAUGGAAAGUAUCAGAUACACACGCAUUUAAUGCACUUGCCAAAGGCAUGUAUUAUCCUUCGCUUGUUCCUUUUUUACAGCACUUCCCACCUUCUCAACUAUUUUUGAUGCGUACAGAAGAUAUGGUACAGCACCCUCAACAGACAUUUCAACAAUUGGCCCAUUUUCUUCAAUUGGAUCCUCACUUUUUUGAUGAUUAUCCUUUUGAUACAGCCUCUCUCUUGACUGAAGCCCCUGAUCUGGCUAUUCAAUAUCGUCUUCAAAAGGUAUUUCGUGGUUUGAAUGGUUGUUUAGUAGACAUGUAUCGUGGAUUUCAUGAUUGGGUAUACGAUGUAGACCGAGGAUAA